UGUUGGGUUGGCUUCAUGGCUAUUUCUGUAUAGGAAGGUUUGCGAUUCCCCUGAAGGGUGGCUGCAUUGGAUAGCAUGACUAUCUAUCCACCCGCUCUGAUUCAUAACAGCAUACGGUGCAAAUCAGAUCGAAAUGCUAACGUUGCCCAUUCAUUCGGUGUUGGUUAACCAGAAGGCUACCAGCAGCCCUGAGAAUAGCAAUACCUUGUUAGCAAGUCAGCUCCCUCCUCAGGAUGGGCAGUUGGAACCACUGAACGAGGGUUUUCUUUCUAGAAUCUCUGAUCUGCUGCUGUGCAGAUGGACCUGCCGGCAUUGCUGUCAGAAGUGCUACGAGUCCAGCUGCUGCCAAUCCAGCGAGGAUGAAGUUGAAAUUCUGGGACCUUUCCCGGCCCAGACUCCUCCCUGGCUGAUAGCCAGCCGGAGCGGUGACAAGGACGGCGACUCUGUCCACACGGCCAGCGACGUCCCGCUGACCCCACGGACCAGCUCCCCGGAUGGGAGGCGCUCGUCCUCAGACACAUCCAAGUCCACGUACAGCCUGACGCGGAGGAUUUCCAGUCUGGACUCACGACGGCCCAGCUCCCCGCUCAUCGAUAUCAAACCUAUUGAGUUCGGCGUCCUCAGUGCCAAGAAGGAGCCGAUCCAGCCCUCGGUUCUCCGGCGGACCUACACGCCCGAUGACUACUUCCGGAAGUUCGAGCCGCAGCUCUACUCCCUGGACGCCAGCAGCGACGAUGUGGACGCACUGACCGACGAGGAGAUCCUGUCCAGGUACCAGCUGGGCAUGCUGCACUUCAGCACGCAGUACGACCUGCUGCACAACCACCUCACCGUGAGGGUCAUCGAGGCCCGGGACCUGCCGCCCCCCAUCGCCCACGACGGCUCGCGCCAGGACAUGGCGCACUCCAACCCUUACGUCAAGAUCUGCCUGCUGCCCGACCAGAAGAACUCUAAGCAGACGGGGGUCAAGCGCAAGACCCAGAAGCCUGUGUUCGAGGAGCGCUACACCUUCGACAUCCCGUUCCUAGAAGCUCAGAGGAGGACCCUGCUCCUGACCAUGGUGGACUUUGAUAAGUUCUCGCGCCACUGUGUCAUCGGCAAAGUGUCCGUGCCUUUGUGCGAAGUGGACCUGGUGAAGGGCGGGCACUGGUGGAAGGCGCUGAUUCCCAGCUCACAGAAUGAAGUGGAGCUUGGGGAGCUGCUUCUGUCCCUGAAUUAUCUCCCAAGUGCUGGGAGGCUGAACGUUGACAUCAUUCGAGCCAAGCAACUUCUGCAGACAGAUGUGAGCCAAGGCUCAGACCCAUUUGUGAAAAUCCAGCUGGUGCAUGGUCUCAAGCUUGUGAAAACCAAGAAGACAUCCUUCUUAAGAGGUACAAUCGACCCUUUCUACAAUGAAUCCUUUAGCUUCAAAGUCCCUCAAGAAGAACUAGAAAAUGCGAGCCUCGUGUUCACAGUGUUUGGCCACAACAUGAAGAGCAGCAACGACUUCAUUGGCAGGAUCGUCAUUGGCCAGUACUCCUCAGGGCCCUCGGAGUCCAACCACUGGCGACGGAUGCUCAGUACCCACCGCACAGCUGUGGAGCAGUGGCACAGCCUGAGGUCCCGAGCCGACUGUGACCGCGUGUCUCCGGCUUCCCUGGAAGUGACCUGAGGCCUCGGGAAAGGCAGCCUUCUUUUGUGAAAGGCAGAAGAAAAUGUGUCGCGUUCCUCUUA